UCAUUUGUUAUAAUCUAAAAAUUUAUACAUAUCAUACAAAAAUUAUGUGACAAUAUUUGAUUGAUAAACAAUUUCGCCUUAUUUUUUUUUACGAAUUUUUACUUCCCACGCCCCUGAUCCACCGAUACCCAGUUCAAAAGAUCACGGAAAUAGUUAGAGAAUAUAGCCAAGCCAACGAUGGAGAACACGGAACUGGAACCCAAUGACAUGGAUGAAGAAUUCAAUAGUUUUUGGGAUAAAGUCAGUUGUUAUGUGGUCACACAAUUUCCGUACAGGGAAAGAUGUGAUUUUGUACAGAAUGCCACAGAUUGCAUAGCCGGAACACAUUUUGUGCCCUAUAUGAGAAUUUUGGCAUGUGAUUUCAAAUGUGUGAAUCAAUUUCAAGAAUUGGUUUUCAUCACACUCUUUGUGCUGCUUUGUUUCCUAUUGCUAUUGUGUCUGGGUCAUGUUGUCGAUAUGUACUAUGGUCCAGCUCUCAAGGUAGUCUCGCGAAUGAUGCAUAUGAAUGAGCAUUUAGCUGGUGUAACGCUCUUGGCCUUUGGCAAUACUUCACCCGAUUUAUUUGCCAAUUUAUCAAAUUUCGAUGGCGAUAAUCCGGUAUUUGCAAAUAGCUUGUCGACUGCAUUAUUUGUCUCAAUGUUUACGGGUGGUUUGGUCUGCUAUAUAAGUCCCUUUAAGAUGAAUGCUCAUGGUACAAUAAGAGAUGUAUUAUUCUUUAUAUUGGGUGUAUCCUUGCUCGAAUAUGUCUUGUAUAGCGAUGAUCAAGUGACGAUAAGUGAAUGCUAUAUUAUGGUGAUGGUUUAUAUAUUCUAUUUGGUGGUAAAUAUUCUUGAUGUCUAUCUAAUGCGUAUUUCUAUGAAACACAUGCUGAAAGAGAUAGAAAGUCUUCGCGAUCAAAGACAGACACCAGAGGUGAGACACAGACUUGAGUAUCUGGAAAAUAAAUACGAUGAAUUGGCCGAGGAUGAAAAAGUUGAGAUUCUAGAGCGGACAUCGGGCGUUAAUCUUUUAUCCGUUCGUUCGAACUCAGUUAGCAGUAAUCACAAUAAAUUCGCCUUUACCACAAAAGUUAAAACAAAUCGUCAAAGUGUCGAUAUAAAUGCGAAACGGAAUGUUUUUUACAAUUUAACUCACAACAAGAAUCGGCAUUUGUUUCGCGAAUUCUUCCAAUCGUUAACCCCCAUCGAUUGUGUGGAAUGGGGCGAGUCCAGUAUGUUCAUACGUGCCUAUUUGUUGGCCAAGGUUCCGGUUGUCUUACUUUGUGCCCUCUAUAUACCCCUAGUCGACUUUGAAUUGGAUAAAAAUGGUUGGAGUAAAUUAUUGAAUGUAUGUCAUAUAUUUAUUAAUCCAUUCCUAACUGUUGUGGUAUUCAAGGCUUUGCUAUUGCGUGCGGAUAAGAAACAACUUUGGUAUACGGCCAUAAAAGAUGAAUAUAUGUAUGGAGUCUAUACAUUUGUAGUCACCAUACCAGCUGCUUUAUUCGUACUAUGUCAUGCCCGAACCGAUGUGCCGCCAGGCUAUCAUUGGUUAUAUACCAUAAUGAAUUUAACUGGUUCCAUGUUUCUAAUAUUCGUUUGUGCAUCAGAAAUUGAUUUGCUAUUGGAAGUGAUUGGUAAUAUAUUGGGUAUUGAUAAUGACUUUAUGGGCGUUACGGUUAAUUCGGUAACCGGGGCUUUAGGCGAUUUGGUAGCCAAUUCGGCCAUGGCCACACAAGGCUAUGAAAAGAUGGCAUAUGCAGCUGCCAUUGGCGGUCCCUUUUUCACUGUUUUGAUGGCCACUGGUGCUGUGUUGUAUGUUAAAAUACUAAAUGGUCAAGUACCCACCCAAGAGGAUCAAACCGGGGAAUAUGGUUUAAAUGCCUAUAUAUUUCUCAAUCUUGGCCUAUUCGCCACACUUUUGUGGACCUCGACUUUGAAUUUCUAUGCACGUCGUUCGAUUGGCAUAUUCUCGAUGGGCAUUUAUGCUCUGUAUAUAUUUUUUGCCAUACUCAUAUGGCAGGGUAUUGUGCAUUCUUAUGCCAAGGAUGCUAGCUUAAAAGAUGCCUUUGCAUCGGAUUAAAUCCUUAAACGUUAGUGAAGCAAAAUUUCUGUUAUAAAUGUUAGUUUAUCAAAAUUUUAAAUUUGUA